AUGGCUACUACCAGAGAUGAGCCGCAGCUGCAACCUCUACACAUCCUCUUCCUCCCGUACUUCGCUCCGGGGCACCUAAUUCCGGUGACCGACAUGGCCGGCCUAUUCGCUGUCCGCGGCGCCAGGUGCACCAUCCUCACUACACCUGUCAACGCCGACAUCAUCCGUCCGGCCGUCGACCGCGCCAACGCCGCCAAUCUCCACGGCGUCGGCUCCCAACCCGUCAUCAUCUCCGUCCUGCCUUUCCCCGACGUCGGGCUCCCGCCGGGCAUGGAGAACCUCAAGUCCGUCACCCCAUCACACGGAGUAGAGUACCAUGUCAAGUUCGUCCAGGCCACGCAGCUUCUGCGCGAGCCCUUCGACCAGUUCCUGGCCACCACCCGCCCCCGUGUGGACGCCGUCGUGUCCGACAUCUUCUUCCCCUGGUCCACGGACUCCGCCGCGGCGCACUGCAUCCCGCGGCUCGUGUUCCUCAGCAGCAGCGUGUUCGCCCGCUCGUGCAGCGAGACCAUGCUGCGCAACAACCCGCUGAAGACGGCGAACUGCCCCGACGAUCCUGACGCCCUGGUUUUGUUGCCGGGGCUGCCGCACCGUGUGGAGCUGAGGUGGAGCCAGAUGCUGGACCCCGCGACGCGGCCGCUGGAGUGGGCGUUCUACCAGAGCAGCAAGGCCGCCGACCAGAGGUGCUUCGGCGAAGUGUUCAACAGCUUCCAUGAGCUGGAGCCCGAUUACGUGGAUCACUUCCACGCGAGGCUCGGCCGCCGCGCGUGGCUCGUCGGGCCGGUCGCGCUAGCCACCGAGGACAUGGCUCCUGCGACAGGCAGAGGUAGUCCUUCCAACGCGCACUCGCCCGACGUGGCGGCCGAAAGCUUGCGGUGGCUAAACACGAAGCCGGCCGGCUCGGUGGUGUACGUCUCUUUCGGCACGCUCACCAGUUUCUCCCAUGCUGAGCAUCGCGAGAUCGCCAGUGGCCUCGACCUCUCCGGCAAGAACUUCGUGUGGGUGCUCAGUGGCAGCGACGACGACCGGUCGGAGUGGAUGCCUGAAGGCUUCGCCGAGCUGACCGGCAACAACGACCGCCGCGGCUUCCUCGUACGAGGGUGGGCGCCGCAGACGCUCAUCCUGAGCCAGCCGGCGCUGGGUGGGUUCAUCACGCACUGCGGCUGGAACUCGGUGCUGGAGGCCUUGAGCGCCGGCGUGCCGAUGGUGACAUGGCCGAGGUACGCCGACCAGUUCUACAACGAGAAGCUCGUCGUGGAAGUGCUAAAAGUGGGCGUCAGCGUCGGCGCCAAGGACUAUGCGUCGUGUAUGGAGACCCAUGAAGUGAUCUCUGGCGAGGUGAUCGCUGGAUCCAUCACCAGAUUGAUGGGAGGUAGUUUGGAGAGCGAGAACAUACGGAAGAAGGCUGAGGAGCUCCGUGUGAAGGCGAGGACCGCGGUGGAGAAAGGUGGAGGUUCCUACAAUGAUGUUGGGCGGCUGAUGGACGAGUUGAUGGCCCGUCGGAGUGCUGUCAAAGUGGGAGAAGAGAUCAAUGGAUUUUGA